AUGCUUUUUGUACUAGCUUUUGCUUGCUGCGAGGUGCUCAAAGAAAGUGGUGUUCCUAUUGAACGGCACCCCUUAUAUGGAUUCUAUCAAGCGCAUGUAAUGCUUUCGUUCAUAAAUUGGGCAUUAGCAACAGGCGUUUAUAUUGUUGUAGCUCUAAGUUUGGAGCGUUACGUAUCAGUUGUCUUUCCUCUUCAUUUUCGCAUGUGGAAUUCUCCUAAACGUGCAAUGAAGGCAAUUAUAAUAGCUUAUACAGUUCCAGCAUUGUUUUAUAUUCCAUAUGGUAUUGGAAGGUAUUCAGUUAGUGAAAAGAUUAAUUCACGUGGAGAAAUAUCUUAUGGUGCUAUUGACAGCGAAAUUUCAAAAACUUUUGGAUGGCAGGUCUAUAAAUGGACUCGAGAAGCAUUUCUUCGUUUUUUACCAAUUGUUAUCCUUUUUGUGCUCAAUUUUCAAAUAAUGAUAGCUUUUCGUCGACGUCAAAAAAUGUUUGAUAGACUAAGAAAUCGAGAAACAGCAGCUAGAGAUGAUACCCUACUUUAUAUUUUAGGAGGGAUUGCAGUUAUGUUUUUUGUUUGUAAUAUACCUGCAGCUAUAAACUUGUUAUUUAUUAAUGAAGUUGUUAAGAAAAGGCCGGAUUAUCAGAUUUUCCGCGCCGCCGCCAAUUUACUCGAAAUUACAAACCACGCAGCUCAAUUUUAUAUUUUUUGUGUUUGUUCUAGUGAUUAUAGAGUGACAUUUAUGCAAAAAUUUCCUUGUCUUAGAGCUUAUUAUGUAAAUAAAAGCAAAUUUUGCUCAUUUCUUCGAAAUGCCUCUCAAUUACCUAAAAGAUCUGUAGCUAGAAGAACAAUUUCAACAACAACAAAUUCUAAAAUUGGGAACAAUGUUAAUAAUGUUUGUGGAACGAUGAGACGUUCAGUUUCUGCAUCUAAUACGCCUUUAAAUGGUGAGGAAUUAAGUCGAAUCUCUAAAUAAUGACCCUCAAAUUUGAUGAACCUCUUAAAAUCUCGAUACUUUUCUUUGGUCCCUACGAGGUUGAGUGAUAGUCGAAAGAGAAUUAAAAAAAUAUUAGGAAAAA